AUGGCGUCUGUGAGCAGCAGUAAGACCGGGGAGGCUCCGAACCGGACUCAGAAUGAAGACACGCUGCAGAACAACCUGCAGUACGUGGCCAUCUCCAACCUGCCGGCGGCCACCUUCCAGGUGACGUACCAGCUGAAGAUCCUCACCACGGCGCUCUUCAGCGUCCUGAUGCUCCGGAAGUCUCUGUCCAGGGUCCAGUGGGUCUCUCUGCUGCUGCUGUUCGGGGGCGUCGCCAUUGUUCAGGUGCAGCAGGAGGGAAACAAAGAGGCGGCGGUGGCCGACUCCUCCAGCCAGAACUACAUGGUGGGUCUGGUCGCCGUGGUGAUCAGCUGCCUGUCGUCAGGGUUUGCCGGCGUUUACUUUGAGAGGAUCCUGAAGGGGAGCUCUGCGUCGGUGUGGAUGAGGAACGUGCAGCUGGGGAUCUUUGGCACGGCGCUCGGCCUGCUGGGAUUGUGGUGGAACGACGGGCCCGCCGUGUCUGAGCACGGCUUCCUGUUUGGCUACACGGGCAUGGUCUGGUGCGUCAUCUUCAACCAGGCGUUCGGCGGGCUCCUGGUGGCCGUCGUGGUGAAGUACGCCGACAACAUCCUGAAGGGCUUCGCCACGUCCUUCUCCAUCAUCGUCUCCACGGUGAUGUCCAUCUACCUGUUCAGCUUCCAUGUGGACCUGCUCUUCUCCGCGGGGGCGGGGCUCGUCAUCGGCGCCGUCUACAUGUACAGCCUCCCCAAGCCUGCGUCCAGCGGGCCUUUUCCCCCAAACUCCACCUCUUCCUCUGCGUCUGCGGAGCCCCUGAGGACAGACAGAGGCGGCGAAAUGGAGGAGUUUCUGCCAAAAGCUCCUCCCUCGGCCGCCAGCGGCACAGACUAAUUCCUGGAAGCAGGGCAGGAAGGCGCAGCAGCGCCUCCUGCUGUUUUCUUGCCUUAAAACUCUUUACUAACUGAAAGAAAGAAGCACCUUGAACUGACUGGGCUCCUGCUUUCUAACAGCUGAUUGGAUGGUCUGUGUGGGCGUCUGCGCAGACGGCGCCCCCUGCAGAGCGGUGCUGUUCGGUGCCUUUUCCUCUCGUCUGUACAGAAGCCAUGCCGUCGCAGUUCUCGGCUCGGAUUCUGGGCUGAGCUGGUUGUUUGGAGCGUCUUUUAUUUCCUGACGUUGGUCGUUUGGAUCGGGGUCACGGGGGUCAGGUGUCUGUUUGCUGCUUCUCCGUUUCACUUGUUGAAGAACUUUCACUUUUUUGUCUUCACCCCAAGAAGAACUGUGAUGCCUCUGAAAAUCAGAAGAGGUUAACAAACCGGAAGGAUCUCCAUGGAAACGUUCAGUUACGUGUAUGGAGUAAAAUUUGUUCCAUAAUUGUUUUCGAGCAAAGAGGACACCAUGAAAAUGGAAAUUUAUAAAAUUAAAUGCAAUCCAUAAAUAAAAACUGGGAAAAACUUGAUUAAAAAAGCUUUUGAGAGAAAAUGUACUGUUU